GAUGUGGUCUUCUUCUCUAGCCGAUUAAAGAACCAUGAGGAGAUUAAUGGAAGGAUAUUGAAUCCGUACGAGUUGGAGGGGAUCCCACACGUAGAGGUUGUCACGCAGGGACUAGGGAUACACCCGACAAGAAGUCGCCCUUCUUCUCCCCGAGUCACCUGCCUACGCCUCUCUCUCUCUCUCUCUCUCUCUACUGUUGGGAUCUGAUGGCGGGGCGUUACGACAGCGAUCCCUUUCAGGAGGAAGACGUCAAUCCCUUCGCGGAUUCUGGGGUACGUGGAAAAGCAGCUGGAUCAAAUUAUGGUGGAGGCUCACUAGGUUCAGCGGAUCUCAAGAAAAAGGAAAGAGAACUACAAGCCAGGGAGGCAGAACUGAAUAAGAGGGAAAAGGAACUAAAACGUAAAGAAGAGGCUGCAGCACAAGCUGGUGUUGUUAUAGAUGAGAAAAACUGGCCACGUUUUUUUCCUAUUAUCCAUCAUGAUAUUGCAAAUGAGAUACCCAUUCACCUGCAGAGAUUGCAGUAUCUUGCAUUUGCUUCAUUGUUAGGUUUGACUGCAUGCCUGUUUUGGAAUAUUAUAGCAGUUACAACAGCAUGGAUUAAAGGGGAAGGUGUCAAGAUCUGGUUGCUUGCAAUCAUCUACUUCAUCUCUGGUGUCCCAGGUGCAUAUGUGUUGUGGUAUCGGCCUCUUUAUCGUGCCAUGAGGACUGAAAGCGCUUUGAAUUUUGGAUGGUUUUUCCUAUUUUACUUGCUUCACAUUGCUUUUGUCAUAUAUUCUGCUGUGGCUCCUCCAAUUUUUUUCAAGGGAAAAUCUUUGACAGGUAUUUUGCCAGCAGUGGAUCUUAUCAGCAGUAAGGCUUUGGUUGGGAUCUUCUAUUUUGUUGGAUUCGGUUUGUUCUGCCUCGAGUCACUGCUCAGCAUUUGGGUCAUACAGCAAGUAUAUAUGUACUUCCGUGGGAGUGGAAAGGCUGCAGAAAUGAAGCGUGAGGCAGCACGUGGUGCUAUGAGGGCAGCAAUAUGAUUAUUUUAUCCAGAGCCACUGUUUGAGGGGAAGACGAGAAAUGCAGUUGAUCAGGCCUAUAGUUUGAUUAAUGUCUUUGUUUGCUUGAUUUCUUCUUGGUCAUUCAUGAUGUCUUUGGCAUAUUGUCAGGUGUGUUACCUUGAAUGGGAAAAGGUACAUCGUUCCUUUUCCAAAUUUAUCUGGGAAGCAUGUAGCGUGUGUUAGCUUCUUUGAAGCCUAUUCUCGCUUGUAUCUACCAUCUCAUUUCAUCCUGUGAAUUUGUGCUAUAGAAGAAUGCAAAUUAGUGACAAUUACUGGUACGGUGGUUAAUGGGCA